AUGGAUGCUGCGGCCAGCAUGCGCGAAAACAGCAUGAUGCAGCAGAAAACGCAGCUCAGCGUUGUCAGGGAAAGGUUCAAUUCUUCAGGCAUUGACGACUCCUAUCGCAUUGAUGACUCUAUUAAUGAAGAGGCAGGUAUACAAACGGUCAACGAUCUCAUGCGAAUGAAUGGCAGCAAUCUUACGGGUAAUAGACAUUCGGCUGGUGGCAACAACAACAAUAAAGAUGAUGAGGCAUACGAUUCCAUUACGGCCAAUGAAUCCAAGGGAGUGAAUGCGUUAAAGACCAUUAUGUAUCUGACGCUGUUAUUCUCGGCCGUCACUGUGGCUACGGCGACCUAUUGGUUUGUACAGGACGAGAAAGUACGCUUUUUGUCGUUGGAAAUUGAGGCGAUUGCGGGCGAAGCAGUCUCAGAUGUCAAUGCCUAUUUGGAUGGAAUCUCAAGUCAAUUGUAUCAGAUCAGCAUGUCCUUUUCGUCGGAAUAUCAAUCUUUAUUUUCGGAGGAGGAAACUGAUACCUCUUCAUUAUCAUCAUUAUCCUCAUGGGUCAAUCUGACGUUACCCCAUUUUGAUCAGCGGAUUAAGGAUCAUUCUUCCUCAGAACUUAUCUUCUACGCACCUCUGAUUCCAGCCAGUUCGAACAUUAUCCUGAAAGAAUGGACCAAUUAUUCCAUUCAGAACCAAAAUUGGAUCGACGAAGCUCUGAUGGAAAGGGGAUGGGAUGCAGUAACCACUCAGAUACCCAACGAAAUUUAUUCCUAUUCCACAGCCGUAUCGAGAUUUGACAAUCUCCUGAAUCGUGUGGUGGCCCCAAUAUGGCAAGUUUCUCCAGUGCCAACGAACCGAUCGAUUAUCAAUCUGGACGUCUUGACCAUUCCAGUGCUUUCAAAUCUGCGACGCACCCUGUCUUCUUCUCCGAGCAAAGCAACAAUGUCGGCAUCCUAUGACGCUCGUUUGUUAAGGAAUUUCAUCGAGAACGAGGAGGAUGGGGAACAACAAGAAACAAGAAUGGCACCAAUGAGCUUUCUCUCCGUGCCAGUCUUCAAGACAUUUGAUCGCACGAAUAAUCCAUUUGGAUAUAUGUUUGGCCUUGUCUCCUGGCAUAGGGCUAUAUCAGAGGCAUUCCAAGAUUCACAUUUUGAUAUUUCGGUCAAUGUCCAAGAAAUGUGUGGCAACAACCAGAGUAUGACCUUUUUGGUGCAGAAUGGUGGAAUCGCACAGUAUCAAUUGCCGACUGACCCAGCCGCGGAACUGGUCGACGACCCCAACGUGGUGCAAGAGAUCGAUGUUCUGUUUGAAGGUUGCAACUUUCGCAUGACUGUACAUCCCAUGGCAGGAGCCCAGGACAAGAUCACCCGUGAUAUUCCAUUUCUCGGUUUUAUUAUUGCUGCCUUGUUGUUGGUCUUUUUGGUUGUGGUGUUCUUCUAUUACAACCGCCUCGUCAAGGAACGACAACACAAGCUUUUGUCGACAGCGAAACGAUCCAACGCAGUGGUAUCGUCGCUGUUUCCAGAAGCCGUUCAGAAUCGACUCAUGCAGGAAGUAGCCGGUGGCCCAGGUGACCGAAGACAAAUCAUCAAGAAAAGUGGAUCCAGAGAAGAUGUGUUUCAGGAAGAAUCGAAAGAUACGUUGGCGGGAGAAAGGAAAGGAAAGGCAAUUGCGGAUUUUUUCCCAGCCGUAACCAUCAUGUUUGCGGAUAUAGUAGGCUUUACAGCUUGGAGUAGUAUGAGAGAACCGACUCAGGUAUUUGAAUUGCUAGAGUCUAUUUACGGCGCGUUCGACGAAAUCGCAAGGAAGCGACGAGUAUUCAAGGUGGAAACGAUCGGAGACUGUUACGUUGCAGUGGUCGGGCUUCCCGACCCUUGUGACGAUCAUGCUAUUGUAAUGGCUCGAUUUGCAAACGAUUGCCGGGUAAAGAUGAAUGAGGUUGUCAGACAACUGGAAGUAACUUUGGGGCCCGAUACUGCAGAUCUUUGUAUGCGGACUGGAAUUCACAGUGGCCCAGUAACCGCAGGAGUUCUGAGGGGAGACAAGGCUAGGUUUCAACUCUUUGGAGACACGAUGAAUACGACAUCGAGAAUCGAAACCACGGGAAAAGCCAACAAAGUUCAUGUGUCCGAAACAACAGCAGCUUAUCUAAUGGAUACUGGGAAAAAGCAUUGGCUGGUGCUUCGAGAGGAUAAAGUGACCGCAAAAGGCAAGGGGGAAUUGACAACUUAUUGGUUGCGUAUCGCAAGAGCCAAGAGGGGGCAACGGAAUACGCUGGCGUCCGAGUCUGAGGCAAAGUCUGUUGAUGACGAGAGUAUUGGCGCCGAACCCGCAUCGCCGGUUCCUGCGAAGCAAGGCGAUCUUUCGAAUAAGGCAAUGCGUUUAGUGGAUUGGAUUACAAACGAAUUGGUCGAGCUGCUUGCAAGAGUCGCACUGAAAAGAGGCACGUUGCACUCAUACCCCGAUGCCCCAGCUGCUCUGGAACAAUUGGAAGAGCAAUCUGUGCGAAAUUUGAUUGCCAAAAUGCCACUUGACGAGGUUGUCGACACCAUCGAUUUUCCUGCUUUCGAUGCUGAUCUCGCUGAUUUCUUGAUGAUUAGCAAGCGAGGUGGUGGCGCGAUUCUUGAUGAAGCUGUCAAACAGGAGCUGCGUGACUAUAUCAAAACGAUUGCAAGUAUGUAUACCGACAAUCUAUUCCACAACUUCGAGCAUGCAAGUCACGUUACAAUGUCUGUUGUGAAGUUUCUGUCGCGAAUUAGCGCACCAGGGAACGAAGUUGAUGUCAAUGAAAAUGCAAUGAAGCUCCAUGAGAGCACUUAUGGUAUUGCUUCUGAUCCUCUUGCUCAAUUUACGAUUGCACUAUCAGCACUGAUUCAUGAUGUCAAGCACCCUGGUGUUCCAAAUUCCCGGUUGCUGAAAGAUGACAUGACACUUUCGGGACGUUACAAGAAGAAAAGCAUGGCGGAACAACAAUCGCUCGACAAAAGUUGGAAAUUGCUUAUGAAUAAAAAAUAUACGAAAUUGCGAAGAACAAUCUAUCAAACAACGUCCGAAUAUCAACGCUUCCGACAAGUGUUAGUGAAUGCGGUUAUGGCAACUGAUAUCAUGGAUAAAGCGAUCGGGAAGACAAGGAAGGAACGGUGGGAAAUGGCCUUUAGCAAUGAGGCUCCAGCAGAUCCUGUUUCGUUAAUGAACCGAAGAGCCACUCUUGUGAUUGAGCAUCUUAUCCAAGCAUCUGAUAUUGCCCACACUAUGCAACAUUGGCAUGUCUACAGAAAAUGGAAUGGUCGUCUCUUCGAAGAAAUGUACAAGGCUUUCCAAAAUAAGCGGGCUAACUCGAAUCCAGCUCAUAGCUGGUAUGAAGGGGAGAUCACCUUCUUUGAUUUCUACAUCAUACCGCUGGCCAAGAAACUGAAAGAAUGCGGGGUAUUUGGGGUAUCCAGUGACGAGCUUUUGAAUUACGCGCAACAGAAUAGACAAGAGUGGUCUCUGGAUGGUAGGAAGGUUGUGACAAGUAUGCUAAAGGCAAUGAAAUUGGAAACCGAGGGCCCAAUCCGAGGCGUGUCGCGCUAUUCAAGCAACGACACCUUGGGGAGUGCGUCGUUCCUAUCACCUCCCAAUAGUGGGGCCAAGCGUGGAAAAGCGGCAGCCAUGAGGAAUGCUCCUCUUCCAACGCUGAUGUCACCACCGGAUUCUGGAUCCAAGCGUGGAAGCGGAGCAUCCUCCAGGAGGAAUGCCGAUCAUUCUCCCACACGAGCAUCUAGUGGCAUGUCAUCGAUGCGCGAUCCCCGAGCAUCCAGUGGAAAGUCAGAGGCCCGGGGUCGUCCAAGGGGAAUCAGUGCCGGAUCUUCGAAUGACCUUUCAAUGUCGUCUCUCCAUUCGGCAAACUCGAAAAUCAAUUUACUUAUAGAAAGUACCAGCAAUAUGAAUUUGGAAGACGACGACGACGAAUUUGAAGACCUGCAGUAUGACAGUGACCUGACGGAGGACUCGUAUGCUCGAAAGGGCAAAGAUUUGAAUCUACCCCCAGAUUUGACUGUGCUGAUUGUUGAUGAUGACAAUCUUAAUAGGCGGCUUUUCAUACGCGCGGUCAUGGCUCUUGCUCCGACAUGGAUUGUAAGCGAAUCCGAAUCCAUCGACGAAGCCCUUGAUAUGCUUGACAAAAGUGUAGACGGGUUUGAUAUCAUUUUUAUGGACCUUCACGAUGGAUCGGAUAUCGGAAACCUCUCGGGAUCGGAGGCUGUCAAAGUGUUGCGGGAGAAGGGGUCGAAUAGCAUGAUCUUUGGGAUGUCUGAAAGGGAAACAGAAGCUAUCAACGACGACGCAUUUGCCAACAAGCCUCUUCCUUUCGAACCAAACCCUCUUCUGAAAGAAUUGAACAAAAUCAUGUUGCAGAGUGGUGAAUUUUCUGAUUUUUAA